GCAUACUGCUCCCUCCUCUCGUUGGCUGUCUCUGCCUCCCAGGCUCUCUUCCCCCCUUGCCGCUCUCCGGUCGUCGUACGAUCGAGAUCUCGCGCUCUCGCUCUUCUUCCUCAUGGUCCUGCAGCCUGCUGAACUUUUCGGCGGGAGGCGAAGAAGUAAUUAACCCUGCAUGCAUUAGUGGAAAGUUGAGAAGAUUGAAAAAGCACUCAAGCAAAACCAGUCUCUCUCUGCCCCUGGUCCUUUUUUCCCUCUUUCCUGUUUGCUUCUUCUUCUCCUUCUUCUUUUGCAGCUUUUCUCUUUUCUUCUUCUUCCUUUGAUCGAUCCUCUUUCCAGCCUUACGGAUAAGAUAAGAUCUUCCCAUGCUUCGCACCUAAACAGCAUGGAGCAGCAGCAGCAUGAGGCCAAGCAAUAUGCCGGCGAUCCCGCGGCGAUUGAGUUGCAUUCCCCCUCCGACGGUCGUCGUUCGUCUGUCUCGGCCCCCAUCAAUGCUUCCGGUCACAAGCAGGAGCUGGAUCGGAAUUUUGGCUUCAUCAAUAUCUGUGGUCUGGCUUUGACCAGUGGAAAUACCUGGAUCGCCUUGGGUGGAAGUAUUGUCACAGCUAUCUAUGAUGGCGGCCCGCCCGGUGUCAUCUAUGAGAUGUACGUCGAUUCUACUGCAUGGAUUCAGGUAUAAGGAGCAGAAAGCUGACUGUCGCUUGCAGGAUCG